AUGCACCCACUAAUCACUUCACUAGUCAUCUUUGCUUCCUUCAUUACCACCAUUUUCCUCAGAAACAACAUAUCAUUUUAGUCACAGAAACCCAUGGCAUCAACUGAUAAACCAGCCGCACCACCAGAAUCAGGGGAAGCUCCUCCACUGCCACCGCCUCCGCCACCAGCCACCUGCCGUGUAAACUGGUUUUUCGGUGAUGUGGCACUUAGGGUUUUGCUAUUUGCAGCCACGCUAGUUGCAGUUAUUGUCAUGGUGACCAGCAAGCAAACGGUGUUUGGGUCGGUACCCGGAGUACCGGGAGGAGUGAUGAUUUCUGGUGUGGCCAAGUUUAAUCACUCGCCGGCCUUCAUAUAUUUUGUGGCGGCAUUAUCGGUUGCCUGUCUAUACAGUAUUGUAACAACGCUGGCAUCUAUUUCGGUGAUUUUGAAGCCUGUUUUUUCUAAGCAGUUUUUGCUCCAUUUUGCAAUUUGGGAUGUGUUGAUACUGGGCGUGGUAGCUUCAGCAACAGGAACUGCAGGCAGCGUAGCCUAUAUUGGUUUGAGGGGCAACCAUCAUGUUGGGUGGGCGAAAGUUUGCUCUACUUUUGACAAGUACUGUGAUCAUCUAAUAAGUUCCAUUGCUAUGUCAUUUCUCGCCGCCAUUGUUCUGGUUUUGCUCAUCUUGCUAUCCAUAUUCUCUCUUUACAAACGAGCUGGUGAUUAAUUCAAUCAUUCAAAUUUAUUACAUUACCUAAUUGUCUUGUACAUGUGCCCACUUUGUGUAUGUUUGAGAGAAACUAGCUAAAUUGAUGUUGCCUUGUACUUGUUCUCUUGUGUUGUAUAUUUGAAUGGUGAUAUUUCUUUGUAAAUUGUAGCCAUGGGAGGUGUAAUUGCUUUGUAUUAAUGUAUUUGUGUUACGUA